AUGCUAGGGAGAGAAUAUUUCAGCGGAUUUGUGAACAAAAAAUUAAAGAAUCUUUUACAAUGUAACCUGGUAGCGUAUUACAACCUCAGAGACAAUGGACCCGAUCCGAAUUCCUUCCUCGACUUUGUCGGGGAGCCGGAUCAAUUCUACUGGUUCAUAGAGCAUUACCUGUCGGUGCCAUUCAGUAUCCCGAAGAAUUUGAAAAAGAAAGAGGGUAACAACUUUCGGUCAUGCCUGAACAGAUCGUGGGUAUCGGAGUUCUUAAGGAAAUAUGAAGAGCCAGAUAUAAAAGAAUUGAUGAAAUUUUUAGAUAAGGAACAGAAGGUGUAUUUUUCAUACACGUUUGAAAAUGUAGAACCCGUUGCAAAGUACACAUCCUUUGCUCUAAAGGAAUUUCACAAGUACUGCAUCUUGCCACCCCUGAUAGAAACAGACAUUAAGCAGAAGGAUAAGGAAGGGCUGCUCUCAUUUCAGUUGAACCAAGAGGAAUAUAAAAUAUAUUUAAGUUCCGUCGGAACACCAAUAUCUGCUUUAAAAAAUUUAUAUGUAAGUAUGGAAGAAGGAGAGAGAAAAAACAUCUUGAAAGAUAUCGUGGAAAGUGGAGGGCCAGCUAAUGUGUUUGUUAACUGUCCAGUUUACAAUUUAAAAUUGCAUUACAAUAAAGAAUGUGGUUCUCAACCGAAUGUUUUAAAAUGUCUUGAUAAUUACAUAAAAAGAUUAUGUGAAAGAAGAAUAUCAAAUAAGGAAAAAGGUACAUUCUGUGAUGAUUUAUUGUUCCUUUUUGAUGCUUUAAAAGAACCCUAUGUUGCAAAUUUUAAGAAAUUUCUAACCAGAGAUGACGUACAUUUAGUAAAACCACAAUCCGUUUGGAGAGUUCCUGUCUUUACUACAUACAAGCCUAGAGAUAUAAUGAAUCCCAAGAAUAAAAUUCCUGUUGAUAUUUUUAAAGUAUUGAACACCAAGAACAAAUUGUUUUUAUCUUUCUUUGAUAAAAUACCCAAGAGUCCUCACUACAUGGAGGAGUCUCAUCCGCUCAUCAAUCUGAGUACCUUCGCCUCCAGCAUUUUUGACAAGCUUCAUAGAUUCUUUUACGCUUUCAAGAAAAAGAAAAAUAAAAUAAGUCCCGUUUCAGUCAAGGAAUUAAGCCACAACAUCACCGAUUUUAGCUUUAAACAUGACACAAGUUUCAUCGAGUGCAAAAAGGUGAAGAAGAGUUUGAACCUGGACCUGGAAGUCGAAGUUGCAAAGGCAGUGGCUGUAGAAAAAAUUUGCAAAAUCAUUGAAAAUAUCGUCCUGACCAAAGGGAAAAGGGAAAAAAGAAAAAGAGGAGAACCAAUGGAUGUACAUAGAGGAUUUCGUAUGCAAUGCAUUUUAAUAGGAACUCAUGUAGAGGCAUUGAACAUUGUAAGGCAACUUUUAAACCUGGAAAGCAUGCUAUCGUUAACAAGAUAUACCUCUUUAUAUUUACACAAAUUUUUUAAAAGUGUAACUGGCCUGAAAGGAAACUUCUUAUAUGAAAAUCCAGAUGCAUUAAAAUAUGCUCGUGUAUGUGGUAAAGCCGUUUUGCAUAUACCGGCAGUUCUGUACAGACGGAACAUAUACAUAGCGGAGACAUUUUUAUCAUUAUAUUUGGGGAUUUCCAAUUUAGUUUCUUCCAAUCCAAGUAGUCCCUUUUUUGAAUAUGCGAUCAUUGAAUUUUUAGUUUCUUACUUCAAUAAAGGUUCCGAGAAGUUCCUUCUUUACCUAUUUUCCAUCGUUUCGGUUCUGUACAUUAACGUCUACUACUAUGAGCAGUUGUAUUGCCACCACAGAGAGCAAUUUGAGCUUUUAAGAUCCAAGAUGAUUCACCCAAAUAUCGCAGAUCGCAUUUUAAACAAUAUUAAAUCUUUGAUGAAGAACCCCAGGUACAUGGACAUGCGUUCCUUUUACAUGAAGUUUGAGAAUGAAGAUAUAUUUGACAAGAGGAAAGUUUUCGAGGUGCUGUACGCAUUAGACGAAUUCUUAAACAACUCAGACGCUCAGCAGAAGGCGAAAAUGCAGGAUAUAUCAGACGAGUCAGUUGAUUUAGACACCACAAAUGAUGGAAUUGGGUUGAGAAAAGAAGAUGUCUUUUUCGAGUCCGAACAAGGUUCCACGGAGUCUCUCGAAGACGACAUGGAGGAGGGUCUUGAAGGAGUUGAUAGAGACCAACAGAAGAAGGCAGCUGAGUAUUUAAAAAUGGUGCCAGAUGAGGACAAAGCUAAUCUGACUGACAGGAAUAAGGAGUUAGAAUUAGAUUUAUAUAAAUAUAUAGGAACUCUGGACCAGACUAGAGAAGGAGUGGGAACUAUUUCUUCCCAUUCCCCCGCCACUGCUGCUGGGAUGGAAAUUACUUCAGGCGGAGGCAGAGCUCUUAGACCGGGGUCCAAAGGCAUGAAUGAAAGAAUGGGACAAACGGGAAAAGACCUUAACAGGAUGAAAGGAAAGGAUGUUUCGAAACUCAGAAAAGGAGUCGAUUUCUACGAAUCAUCUACUUCUCUUAACCAAAUAUCUUCUGGUGAAUCUUCCUCUCAGCAAGAAGGACCUAGUAAAAGUUUGCCGAUAGAGACAGAGGAGCCCUCCUCGUCCGGAAUGUGA